CGAAGGGGAGGUUAUGUCGCGACAAGUGUAAUUGUAAUCUGUGAAGUGUUUUGUUUUGAUUUAAACGAAAUCAAUGGUAACAGAAAAUGGCUGAAGAAUUGCUAGUGGUUCUGAAUCGGAGCGAACAUUCUGGCUUCGGAUUUUCGCUUCUAGGCGAACCGGGCCUGCCGCCGAUAAUUUAUAACAUUUUAGACGAUUCUCCAGCCGCUGAAAGUGGAGAGGUAGAAGUUGGAGACGUAAUUUUAAAAGUUAACGAAACUGAUGUUAUAAGAUUUAGCACGAAAGAAGUUUUGAAAUGUCUUCGAUUAUCAGCUGAUCCAGUUACAUUGAAAAUAAAAAGGGAUCCUAAAAUAAAAGCAACUGUAAAAAAGCACCUUCUCUCCGGCGGCGAUUUAGAUAAAUCAUCUAAACUCCCCGCCAUACAUACGUCUAACAUGACAUCAAUAUCUAACAACAAACCAGAACCAGGUGUACAUAAGUCUCACAACAACACCGCGGCGAAUCGAUUGGGAUCAACAAACGGUAGUUACACCGAAAAAGAACCACUUUUACAUAAUCAAAACCAGCAUCAUCAUCAUCACCACAUCCACCGGCGCGAAGAGCACCAGCCCUUGCUGGAGGAGCACGAGCGCCUCCAAUGGCAGCCUCUCGCCGUCGACGAGGAGCACAACAACAAGUCCAAGGGCGCCCCAAAGUUCGAGGCUUACAUGAUGACCGGCGAACACAUCCUGAAUAUAUCCCGUACGCCCCAAACCAACGCCAUCAUACCCAAGCAACAGAAGAAGAUCGAAAACUUGCGGUAUCACAACAGCCACGUGCACCAUCUGAGGCACCAACAACACAACUCGGUGCCCAACAGUCCCAACGAAUCGGAUUUGGGCCACAGGAGCGCCAACGUCGGCAAAACGGGUGCGAAUUCGGCCACCACUUCCCCUGUUAGUGCCAACAAAAGGGAUCAGCACCAAUCGUCGCCGGCCGAUCCCUACAAUUUCGUCAGGACGAGCCGAUCAGAGGACCAAUUGCAAGGACAAAACGAUCUCUACAACGUGAGCGUGGCCAAUUCGGAGGCCGACGAGGACGUGACCAGUUCGCUCAACACCCUAUUGGACACCAGGCCGGACAGCGCGAAUUGCAACAGCGACAGCGAUCGCAUCGUGUGGACCUACAACGCUCCCGUCGCCGAUCAACACAAAUUCGUGCACGCCUUAUCGAACGGCAGCAGCUCGUCGCACAGCAACGUUUCGCCCACGUCAUCCAGUCCUCUUCAUUCGACCGGAUCGCCGGCCUCACCAACGUCAGUGUCUUCCUCCGUCAUGUCGAGUCAAUCGGGAUCAAAGAGAACGCCUUACAGCCUGUCGAACGGGCCGACGGGCCAACAUCAAGGCGACUACAGCGUCUCCGAAGCGGUAUCGAACAUCUCGAGUCCGGAUUAUCACGACGACGACAUCGUCGGUUUGCGGGACUGCGUGAUGGAGAUCAGUGAUCAUAGUGAUAGUGAUAGUACAUUGUUGGUGUCGGAGCCGAGGCAACGGCACGUUUCGGUGCACGGCGGCGGGAACGCUGAAGGCGGAGGCGGAGGCGGCGAUCAUCGCAUUGUGAUACAGGUGAAGGGACCCGAUAAGGAUAGGAAUCGACAGAGCGAUAGCACGUCGACGUUGAAAGGCGACGGUGAUGGUAGUCAGAUAUCGGGCGAUGGUUUUCACGAUUUCGACGAUGGUUAUCGGGAUGUGUCGAACAACAAAUCGUCUCCUUUGUCGUCCGAAGACGAAAGCGACGUGGAAAGCCUUCACAGCUUCCAUUAUUCGCCUAAAGCGGUCGAUAUGCCUUCUGCUAUUCGGUUGGCGAAGCGGCUUUACAGUUUGGACGGUUUCAAGAAAUCCGACGUCUCCAGGCAUCUUAGCAAAAAUAACGAUUUCAGUCGAGCUGUAGCUGAGGAAUAUUUGAAGUACUUCGAUUUUCAAAAAGACAACCUAGACAUAGCAUUGAGAAAGUUCCUUAAGCAAUUCUCCCUCACGGGCGAGACACAAGAGAGGGAGCGCGUACUCGUUCAUUUUUCCAAGAGAUAUUUAGACUGCAACCCCGGUUCAUUCAAUUCCCAGGAUGCCGUUCAUACAUUAACAUGUGCCAUUAUGUUGCUCAAUACGGAUAUACAUGGCCAAAAUAUAGGAAGGAAAAUGACGUGUAACGAAUUUAUAGAGAAUUUAGCGGGUUUAAACGAAUGCGAAAACUUCCCGAGAGACGUUUUGAAGCAACUGUAUCAUGCAAUUAAGAAUUGCCCCCUCGAAUGGGCUCUGGAUGAAGAAGUCGAAGAAAGGAACAACAUGCAAGCGCAAUCGAGAAAUAACGAAAACGUGAAUUUGGGAUGUAAUCCGUUCCUUGACGUUCCCACCACUGCUAAUGCAGUAGAGUUCAAGAAAGGUUACGUGAUGAGGAAGUGUUGCUACGAAACGAACGCUAAAAGAAGCCUUUGCUGCUAUUUUCUAGCUCCGUUUCACAAGCGCAGCUGGAAGAUGUUUUAUUGCACGCUGCGCGACUUGGUGCUCUAUCUCCACAAGGACGAGAACGGCUUCAGGAAGAACCAAAUGGGCGACAAUCUGCACAACGCGAUUCGCAUACACCACGCAUUGGCCACCAAGGCGUCCGAUUACACCAAGAAGCAGUACGUUUUUCGGCUGCAGACGGCCGAUCAGGCCGAGUAUUUGUUCCAAACUAGUGACUCGAAGGAAUUGCAAUCUUGGAUAGAUACUAUUAAUUUGGUGUGCGCCAGUUUCUCCGCGCCGCCUCUAGAAGCUGCUGUCGGUUCCCAAAAGAAAUUCCAAAGGCCUUUGCUACCCUGCAGCCAUACGAAAUUGAAUUUGAGAGAACAGUUAGCGGAUCACGAGGAGAGAGUUAUGAGACUGGGAGCUACGUUGGACGAGCAUCGAAAAUUUCCGCCAGAAAAAGGAUCGAAAUCUCAAAUGAUACAGAAUUACAAAGAGAAAGAGGCGUAUUUAACCUACGAAUUGCAGAAGUACAAAACCUACAGUUUGAUGUUGCGUUCGCGCAUGUCGGUGGCCAGUUUGGCGGAGAACAGCAUCGGGGAGGCGGACGAGAGCGGCGUCGGAGGGGCGACGGGGUCACCCAACGUGUGCCUGCUGGACGACGCCGACGGCGCCGUCGUGGCGCCGCCGGUGCCCGAUAGACCGUCGCCGACCGUCAAUAGGUGUAUUUUUACUGUUGUGCACAUUAUUUUCUAUCCCAAUCAACAGUCAGUGUUCCCAAGGAGAGAACUGGAAUAAGGACGUUAGGAGUCUAUGACGGAAAAAGCGCCGGGACGGGCAACAAAUUACACACUAAAAAUUCAUCUGUGCAAUUGGAGGUCUUUUUAAGCAAAAAUCUAUAGAGUAAAAAAUCUCGGGAUCCUUUUCGAGAGGGAUGCGCGUGUCAAACAGGUUGGACGUUCAUUUCUAUUUAAUAUCGUUUAAAUAAAAAUCAAAGCUGAGGGGCUAGGCGAAUUUUCCACAAAGUUUUGUCCGGGAAAUGCGCAGUUAACUAGGUUGUAAUCGAUGAGAUAUUUUUUUAAAUGUCCGUUUAAAAGUCGAUAUAAUGUAGAGUUAAAAUUGCGUUUUAUAUAAACGUUUUCACUAUGCAUAUUUUGCGCUUCGAGAUUGUGGAAAUUGUGGUUGUAAAACAUUUCCAUGCCUCCUGUAAUAAGAGAUAAUAAUCGUAUUGGAUAAGGUAAAAUUUUGUUCUAUUAUUUUUUCUAUUCUAGCCUUCCCUCGGUAGAAAUGGGAUAUUUCCCCAGAAUAUAUGUAGUAAACACCCUGUACAUGCAAACAUUAGAAUACAAAGUCUAAUCAGGAAUUUUUACUAAUGGUAUUGUCGAUCCAUUUUUUACAUAAUUUUUUCCUGGGGUGUUUACACGAGUUUCUAUCUUCUUAUAUUGAAUUGUUGCACUGUUUUAUUAAUUAUUUUAUUCUGAAUUUUUUGGGUAUUUUUUCCUUUGGGAGUUAUUAUUAUUCAAGACAUUUUUCGUGUCUCUAUGCGUUCAAUUCUCGAUUAUAUGGUUUAAAUAUCUUGAUGAAUAAUUCGAUUUCUAUUUUCAACUAAUUUACUCUUGUAAUUAACCGACUUGUUGCUUAUUUUUGUACUAAUUAAAAUAAUUAUUGUGGCUUUCUAUAUUAUUAACUCGUUGAAAUUUGAUCAUACAAUAGUGUGUUAUCUAUUAAGUAUCAUAAAGCAAUUUUCGUGCAAACGGUAACGUAAUAAAAAUGUUAUGAAUUUUUUUUUGUGAAAAUUUCUAUUUUCAAUGAUUAAAUUAGGUGGCUGUUGGUAGAUGAAUAAGUAAAAAAAAUGUGAUCAAUUAUUUUGUUGAGCCAUUCCAUUUUUGUCAGUGCCUCUAAAUAAUGGAUCUAUAUUGAUGUUAUUUAAUGAUAAAUUAAUUGACGAAUGAUAUAAUGGAAUUAUUAUUUGUUAACUGCGUAUUUUUCUAAUUACACAUUAUAAAUCCAAUCUCGAAUUUUCGUCUAGUCUAAAUACAUUGCCAAAG